UGGUUUUGGCUCGCUCCUCCCUUCCUGGCAAGAUGGCGGCGCCCGCCUGCAGUGCUCCGGGCCUCUGGGUCCGGCGUACCGGGCGGCGUUUUGGGAGUCUCUUCACUCUCAGCCCAAAGCCGUUUCGUUCCGCCGCUGCUGCCUCUAGGCCCUUGGAUGCCCAGCGAUUAGCGGAGAGGCUCCGAACCCAGAAACAGGAACAAAAGACGAAGAAGGAGCCGGUGCCCACAAACCCUGUUCAGCGGAGAGUGCAAGAACUAGUGCGGUUCACACAGCAGCUGCAGCGGGUCCACCCCAACGUACUUGCUAAGGCGCUGAGUCGAGGGAUUAUCCACCAGGACAAGGACCUUCUGGUCAUCAAUAAGCCCUACGGUCUCCCUGUGCAUGGUGGCCCUGGGGUCCAGCUCUGCAUCAGUGAUGUACUGCCCAUCCUGGCAAAGAUACUUCAUGGCCACAAGGCAGAUCCCCUUCAUCUGUGCCACCGGCUAGACAAGGAAACUACAGGCGUAAUGGUGUUGGCUUGGGAGAAGGAAGUGGCACACCAAGUCCAAGAGUUGUUUAGAACCCGUCAGGUGGCAAAGAAGUACUGGGCCAUCACUGUGCGCGUCCCGGUGCCCUCAGCAGGAGUCGUGGACAUCCCCAUCAUUGAGAAGGAGGUGCAGGGCCGGCAGCACCACCACAAGAUGACGCUGUCCCCGAGCUACCGCAUGGACAGUGGGAAAAUGGUGAGAGUACGGAUGAGGCGCAACGCGCAUGUGGCUGUGACUCAGUACCAGGUGCUGAGCAACACUCUCUCCUCCGCCCUCCUGGAGCUCCAGCCUGUUACUGGGAUAAAACAUCAGCUUCGAGUUCACCUGUCAUUUGGGUUGGAUUGCCCAAUCCUUGGUGACCACAAGUACUCGGACUGGAAUAGGCUGGCCCCCCAGAAGCUGUCUGUUGGCACCCUGAAGAAGCUGGGGCUGCAGCAGUCCAAGGCUCGCCACAUCCCCCUUCACCUGCACGCCCGCCAGCUGAUCCUGCCUGCCCUGGGCUCCAGGAAGGAGGAGCUCAACUUGGUCUGCAGGCUUCCUCGCUACUUUGUACGUUCCCUGAACCGUCUGGGCUUAGAGAUUCCAAGUCAGGAUCCAAAUGGGAACGAUGAUGCUGGACAUCUGGGAGCACAGUAAAGACCGUUGGGCUGUUUGGCCUGUAAAUUUUUCGCUUUGUUUAAUGGAUUCUGGUAACUCCUCACUUGAGACAGACUCCAGAAGAGCCAGCCAGGUAUGAUAAGUUGAAGAAACCCAGCUGCUUCUCCUUUUAUUGGAAACUAAAGUCUGUUUACCGAUACUUUGGCCCCACGCUGGAAGAGCCUGCAGAAGUCUUCCUGCCUUGGGGCCCCCUUGCCGAGAUGGAGGAGAGCCCAGGACCAGGUAGACUGGGUCAGUAAUUGGAAAAGGAGAACUAAAGCACAGGAUCUGUGAUCAGGAACUGUUUCCAUCUGACAAUAAAGCUUGAUCUAUCAGGAAGGUUCUCUCCUGUGGCUGGAAAGAGCAUGAUGGUUCUCUAACGUAGAGAGAAAUCCAGAAGUGGUUAGCUGCUGUCUGCAUGGAGCCGCAGGAGCUAUUGCAGACCUUUCUGCUCCGCUCGUGUCGUCCUGGGUUUUAGAGGCCCCUUGGUAGGGUGCAGGGAUCCUCCCCAGCUCCGGCACGGGAGCCUGACUGCACUAGUGACGGAGCCGGGAGGGGGUGCUGAUAAGCAAGGAAAGCAGGUGUGAAAGGUGAGGUGGGCAGGGGACAGGCUGUGCGGGGUGCACUCACGCUGUCCACAGAAGGCAGCUGUGGCCUCCGGCUUGGUGUUGCUCUGUGGGAACAGGUUUUCCAGUUUAUUUUCGAGAGUCAGGAAACCUGGAUGUUUGUGUGAAAUCCCCCAUUACAUUGCUAACUAAAUCAGAGUUUAAAGAGACACUGAGGCAGCCGUGCAGAUCGUCUUUGCAGGGUGCAUUUCGUCUGCAGGCUGUUUGUAACCUGUGUCUAAAGAAUGGAGUAGAGACUUGGGGGAAGGUGCCAUCUGGAAGUUCUGGAUCAGUUCUUGGUUUUGGCUGCAUGUAGUCUCUGCCCUUUCUAGACUCGGCGGGGGCGGGGGGGUGGGGGUGCUUCAGUUACCUGUGAGUGUGUGGUUAUGAGGCUGCUCCCAUUUUUUAAAGCUUAGCUUAGGAGGCAAGCCUCCUGUUCUCGAGUCUCAGGAAGGAGAUGGCCAUGCUGAACACCACUAGGGAUGGCCGUUCUCCUGGCCUCCCUGCUCAGCUGUCCAGCUAGCUCCCAGCUUGUUUCUUUUGUUUUCUUUUUGUUUUUUUUUGUUUUUUUUUUUGAGGAAGACUGGCCCUGAGCUAAUAUCCAUGCCCAUCUUCCUCUACUUUAUAUGUGAGAUACCUGCCACAGCAUGGCUUGACAAGUAGUGCCCUGUCUGCACCAGGGAUCCAAACCAGCAAACCCCGGGCCACCGAAGCGGAACGUGCGCACUUAACUGCUGCGCCACUGGGCCAGCUCCCCGCUUUGUUUCUUGCAAACAGAUACACCCCUGUUACUGUGGGCUGAGUUGAGAAAAGUGGGAGGGAGAGCACAGCAGGGGAAAGCCCUGAGGGCAGCCCUUCCCUGUCCCCAUGGUACCUGUUCCCAUGCAUGAUGGAUUUAACUUCAGAAGCACCAAUGAGAUAACUGUAUUUGUUUAUACAAGGCCUAAAUAUUUUGGCUGUUUCUCUUUCUAGUAAACCACACUGGUCAAGACAAAGGUGACACUUAGAAGAUAUCGGUAGUUGACUUUGAUUUGGGAAGACAAAUGAAGGGGACCCCUAGUCUUGUGAGUGUUUGGAGAAACCCCAGGUACCCAGGGAACCACCCCAGAGGAACUAGGCAGCAGCCCACGCAAUCUGGAGGGAGGGCAGCCCAGGACCGCGGGUGUCAGCUGGGGAAGGGGACGGCCUGUGGAAAUCUGCUCAGAGGGCUCAGAGCUGCUGCAGGGUGGGGGCAGCGAGGAGUGGGGACACUCUGCCUUCUCCUGUCUGGGUUUUCUUGGUCUUGCUGGGUAUAGUAGCUAUCCUUAAUCCUUGAAAAUCAUCUGAGAACUUUUACUUCGGGUCAGUGUGGCCUGAGAAGCUGGGGUUACACAGCAAGGGAGGCUGGAAUGUGCCUAAAAUGAAAUACUAGUUAGAGCCACUGAAAAGAUUGGAUUUAGUAGUAAGUCAUAUAAUUAGUGUGAAAGUGGUUUUUCAUUCUUUUUGUUAAAGUUCUACAUGCACAUGAUUAAAAAAAUCAAGAACAAAA